AUGAUCCUCAUUUCAUCGUAUUGGUAUGUGUUCACUAUAGUGAGCUAUUUAAUAGGAGUUUUCAUAUUCGCCACAAUAGUGGGACAGGUUGGCAAUGUUAUUACAAAUAGAAACGCCAAUAGACUGGAGUUUGAGAGACUUCUGGACGGUGCCAAGACUUAUAUGAGACAUCAUAAGGUUCCAGGCGGUAUGAAACGUCGGGUGUUGCGAUGGUACGACUAUUCCUGGUCACGAGGACGUAUUCAAGGAGGAGGAGAUAUCAACACCGCCUUGGGUCUGCUGCCCGACAAACUGAAAACAGAAUUAGCAUUGCACGUAAACUUGAGUGUAUUAAAGAAGGUGACAAUAUUCCAGGAAUGCCAGCCCGAAUUUCUACACGACCUAGUAUUAAAAAUGAAAGCAUACAUAUUCACACCCGGUGAUUCCAUUUGUAGAAAAGGUGAAGUGGCCCGCGAGAUGUUUAUAAUAGCAGACGGCAUUCUAGAAGUAAUAUCAGAGACAGGACGGGUAUUAACCACCAUGAUGGCUGGUGACUUCUUCGGUGAAAUUGGAAUAUUAAAUCUAGACGGCCUUAAUAAACGCACUGCCGACGUUCGUUCUGUAGGUUACUCUGAACUAUUUUCAUUAUCCCGUGAAGAUGUGUUAGCAGCAAUGAAAGAUUACCCAGAAGCCCAGGAUAUUUUACAAACUUUAGGCAGAAAGAGAUUGCAAGAAGCCAAAAAUAUGUCCCGAAAAUGUGCCAAAGGUGAAUUAAGCCCAGACAAAAUACCUGGCGAUGACAGCGCAUCUAAAAGGAUAGUACAUAAACUGCGGAGCGAUGUUAAGGGUAUUCGAAACGCAAUUCGUAGCAGGUCUCGUGCAAGUCGUCGUUCAGGAGAGUCAUUAGAGUUGCAAGCCCUUGCUGGCGCAGAAAGAGCGAUCACAUCUGAGGGCAAGGUUUUGAGGAGAAUGACGAGGGUCGAGAGCGACGAUUCCCAAGUGCAUAAUCAAGAUGAUGUCAAUGGAGAAACAAUAUUAGGCAGCAAAGAUGGUGAAAAAUGUAUAUCACCAAUAGGAGCAGGAUUACCGCUUCUUUCACGAUUAAAAUUACUCAAAGAAAAGCAGGAUCGUGAAGAAAAAGUAGCUAAACAGCGGCAUUCAACGUGUUCAGUAGUAUCAUUAUCCACACAGCCAACUCCUUCAACCAGUUCAGCACCUGAUCAAGACCCGGAAGUUAUAGGAGCUGGUUUACCACUAAUUCAAAGACUGCUCUUACUAAAAGCCAAGGAAGAAAGAGAAAAAAAUCAAUUAACCCCUACCAUGAGUAACCAACCCUCCAGUUCCGAUACUAUUAGUCCCAGCUCCAUCAAAAGUCCUUUAAGCCCAACAAUAAAAAAUUUGAGCCCCAUUAGGAAAAGCUCAGAGUCUAGUUCACCUGGAAAACUACAAAGCCCAACUACGAAAACCUCUAGGAAAAAUUCUUCGGGUUCAAGUGAUGGAAAUUCUCGUCCGAAAGUUAGCUUUAGAGAUAAAAUUUUACAAGUCCAAAGCGACGGUACUGCGGUUUGUCAACCCCUUAAUAAAGAUGUCACUGAAAAGCCUGCAGCUGUUGUUGAACCGACGCCAAAGACGGAGAGCAAUUUAAUUUCAAUACCUCAUUCUGUAGUCACUAAAAUAAAAUCUCCAGCCAAAGCCGUUGGAACAACAUUUCGAGACAAAUUAAAACUAUUGCAAAGUGUCAAAGACCCAGACAAUUCAACAUCAGAAAAAAAUAAAACAUCAUCCAUAGAAAAAGCUCCUAUAGAAAUUAGUCCUAUGCCAACGACUGAAGCGAAGGAAGAAUCUAAAAGUAAGAAACCAUGGAGCAAGCUGAAAAAAGCAGCUAUAUUAGGUGAAUCUAAAAACCAAAGCAAAUCUAGUCUAGAGGAACAUAAUGAUAUUAAACCUAGUUGUGAUAUAGAAAAAGAAAAUAAAGCGGAGGUAACUGUAAAUAUAUGCGUACCUACUGUAACCACGGCGGAGCUUGUUAAAAUAGACAAUAAUAAUGUUGAAGAUGCUAGUGAUAAUGAUAAAGAUAAAUCUAAGCUCAGCUUAACAGGCCCUUCGGAACCCGUCCAACAAAAAUCUUUAGAUUUAUUAACUUUGUCCCCCAAGAAAAAUGUUACCAAUAUUACAAAAAAUGCCGACAUUAAAAGUGCUUCUAUGAUAUCAGGUAUGUUACUACCACGAGUUAAGAAAUAUAGAUCAAUUGAUGAUUUGUCGCCGGAAUAUGGUGGAUUACCGUUUGUGAAAAAGUUGAAAAUACUAAACGAAAGACAAAAGCUAGCUGAACUAGAGAAAGUAGUAAAAAUUCGCAGCUCUAGCUUAGAUUGUACUAGUUCCACCGAAGAUUUACUUUGUGACACGUUAACUAGAAGUCAUUCAGAGGGCAGUACAAUGGAUAAAAGGAAAUUCAAACGAAAAUCUAUAGAUUCUAUUGGAAGUCAUGGAUCAAACGAAACACUUGAACGACGCACAUUGAAAUCUAUUUUAAAGAAAUUAUCGGAAGAUGUUACACCGGCUGAAAGUCCUGAACGCAGUAAUGAAUUAAAAAGGUUAAUACGAGCACCAACAUUAGAAGGCUAUGCUGCAAGGCAUUCAAAAUUUGCCAAAAGUGUAACAUUUAAUCGUCAUACCUUACCCUCACCUCCAGCUAGUGCUCUUGCUGAUAGCCCAAAUGACGACGUUUUCCAAAUGCCUGAGCCAACCACUGAAUCCAAUUCUGUAACACCACUAUCGCAAGUAGCUGCCGCUGAAAUACAAAACACUGAAACCCCUAGUGACCAAAUAGUAUUACCUGCUGAAAACGUAUCGCAAAACUAUGGCAUAAAUAUUACAACGGAAUACGAACAACAAAACAAUAUAGAUCCUCCAUAUGAUUUAAAAUCACUUAGACCUGAGGAAAUCAAAAUACCUUCAGAGAAACCUAAACUAAACCUGAUAUCAGCUGUUGCAAAUCAGCGAAAACUGUUACGGGGUUCACUUGAGGAGCAGGAAUAUUUUGGGGAAGUAUUGCUUGGCAUCAAACAAGUUAUUCAAGGUCACUUGCAUGACGUUCAGGGUAAAUUCCAAGAAAGGUUUAACAGUCUAGAAAAUGAAGUCCGCAAACGAGAUGAAAUUAUAAGUCAGUUACAAAAACGCAUACAGGAGCUAGAACGCCUUGGAAUGUCUGGCUUGAGUCUAACGCAGCAACCGCCGGUACUGGAAGAAACUUCAGGAGACCCUAUAAAAGAAGCUAUUAUAACAAGUCAACCGAUGUCGAAAAAUGGUAGUUCGGGCAGCGAUGAUGCUUCAGGAGCGGAGGAAGGUUUUAUGAGAGGUGAUUCCUUGGAUACAGUAUUUGCUACAUCCCCACCAACAGUAAGUGGUGAUGAAGGAGAAAAAGAUAGAACACCAGAAACAGAAACUAUACCACCUGAAGUGACCAUAUCGAGUUCAGAUAUCACUGAAGAAAAACUAACUGAAUUAACUGAAGGUAUAGAACUGGGCAGACUAUCGUAUGCCGAAUUACAAAACUUAGCUGUUUCUUUAUCGAAGCAUGCUAAAAAAUCUUCUAGUAAAGAGGAAUGGACCGUAAGCAAGUCUAAAAGAUUAGAUUUGAAUCUAGAUGGAAAAGCCGGCACUUAUUCGAGGAAAAGAGCCGCGAAGUUGAGGCAAAGGAAGUCAUGGGAAGACCAAAGUGACCAAGAAAGUAUGGAAAUGCAAGACUUGACACGACCAAUUUCACCCCACACAACAUCCGAAGAUCGGUCUCUUCUAUCCCCCGAGCAGUCGAGCCUUCGUGGCAGUCGACGUGCGAUGCAUCCCUUUCACUUUUUUGGAAGCCACCUGGACAAUACCAAGUCCAAAAUCAAGAAGACGCUCUCUGUUGACACAGGAAUGCAUCACACUGGGAAGAAUGAGAGAAAACAAGGUCGCCCUCGCCAGCACCGCAAGUUCAGCUUAGGUUCAUUCUUUGGUUACCAUCGAGGCGCAUCGCACAAACCCACGAACAACUGUAGUGAAGUAGUGCUGGAUAUGGGUAGUGACUACAGCUGGAGCGAUACGACUUCAACGUCGUCAAGCAGUGACUCAGAGUCGUUACCUCGAACGCCCAUGUUUGAAGAGUUUGUAGAAAACAGCUCCCGACGUGGCCGGGCCAGCAGCUCUAGUCAUGGUAGCACAUCGCCGAUCAGAGCUCUACCUGGUAGCGGAGGAGACUGGGAGGUCAUGAUGCUGGCAGAUGAGCUAGAAAAAAGGGAGAGAGAAAAAGAUCGGGAAGAAUCCAGGCGACAUCAUUACCCCACCACUCUCAGGGACUUGGAAGAGGAAUCGGACACCCUUCAACGUGAUGAUAGCCCUGACGACUUCUCUAACAUCGAAGAUUCGAAUUCUUCUUCUACAACACAUCUCCUUUCUCAGUCUAUUAGCGACGCGUCGCAUAAAUCCUUAGAGACAUCCUUCACGGAGCAAACACCUCGACAGCCCCGCCAAUCACGUGUAGGAUCCGUUGGGGAACCGGUACGGCAAGAUUCCUCACUCAGUCAGUCACGCGGUUUGAUCCUCCGAGCGGCAAGUCUAGACCGAGAGACCAACGCUGCAACUGCCCAACCGCGACGUUUUGGCUCCCUCAAAAGUGCAAGCACUGACUCCCAUAAAAGACUCUGA